AUUUAGGUGAAAACUUAAUUUGAAAUCCAAAAAUUCAAAUAUAAUGAGAAUGGAGUUCCCAAAUUUCAAAAUCCGCAAGAGGGAACUGAAGAGACGAGAUGGAAUGAAUGAUCUGAAACUCAACACCAUUUCGAAAUGGGCGGGAAAAUGAGAGGCGAGACCUCCAUUGCUGCUAUUUGUCACGGAGAUCCGGCUUCCCCAUUCAUUCGUCCAGUCCACCACCGGUUUUCGUUUCUGGAACAACAUAUCAGAGCUUCAAAGACUACGAAAUUUCAAUGGAUAAUCUGAUGACAAAAUUUACGUGGAGAAUUGGAAAUUUCUCGCUAUUGGAAGCUAAAGAUCUUUACUCUCUCACAUUUGUUGUGAAUGAGAACAAAUGGAGAUUGCUUCUUUAUCCAAAAGGAUCCAAUAAAGAUCAACAUUUGUCUAUGUACCUUCGUGUGGCUGAUUCAUAUAGCUUACCAGCAGAAUGGAGUAUACCCACAAAGUUCAGAAUAUCUAUUGUUAACCAGAUAGACCCCAACAAAACCGUCAAGAAAGAGCUUGAACACGCUUUCAAAUCUGGUAAAAAUGGUUGGGGUUGGCCAUCAUUUAUGGAGCUUAGUAAAUUUCAUGAUAAAAGUGAAGGUUAUCUUGUUGAAGACACAUGUUUGAUUGAAGCUGAAGUUGAUAUUUCUUCAGCUUCCAAAGAUAUAGAUUCAGAUUCUUCCGUUGCUAUUGAUCCUAUAGAGUGUCUAUACAUUGAGGCUCAAUCUUUUCUUGAGUCACUGGUCAAGGCACCAUGCAGCCUGGUAUCUAAGGCUCCCACAUCUGAUUCAAAGCAUGAAACGGCAGUGAUGGAUUCUCUGUCUACACUCACUGACCAUCUUUAUCUGUUUAGUGAUGGACAAGUGAAAGAAAUUGUGAAGUUGAAAGCUACUUUUCCUGGAACAAUGCAAGAAUGGAGAGACUUAGUUCAAGCUAAGGACACUAGUGAGCAUCCAUGGUCUACUUUUGAGAAGGCCAAAAGUUUGCUCCAAGAAUCUUUGAAAACGGAAGAGGGAAUAAAGAUUGAACUGGGAGAGCUAAACAAGCAAGAAACAGAUUUGGAAGCUCAGGUGGUGGCACUCGAAAGCAAUAGUCGAAAACUCAAAGAGGAAAGAGAGGAAAUAUCAAAGCAAAUGAUGAUUCUUUGUUCUCUUGCCAAGGAGAAGGCUACCAAAAUAUAUUGAAGUUAGGAAGGGAUGGCAAUUCAACCCGAACCCGAGCUUAACCGACCCGACCGACCACUAAAAUAUCCGAACCCGAACCGAGAAUAAAAUAAUCCGAACCCG